AUGGCGGCAGCUGAACUUGACCUUGCUCCACUCUACACUCCAGCAACAGACGAGAGAGAGGGACGAUACAUAGUCGCCCUUAAGGCCGGGAGUCAAGAUGUGGACGACUUUCUGGGUAAUUUGGUGACAAAUGACGGCAUUACAGUCACCAUGAAAUAUCGCGAUGCGGCUUUCAGAGGCUUUGCUGCUGGAAUGACUGACGACGCUCUACAGAUGAUACGCAAGAACCCUGAAGUAGCUUUUGUAGAGCAGGAUUCCAUCGUCCGUGCUGAUUGGGUCGCGUCUUGGGGUCUGGACCGGGUAGACCAGAGGAAACUACCCCUAGACGGCAAGGCCGAGUUUGAAGGCACUGGUAAAGGUGUGAAUGCCUACAUAAUCGAUACUGGUAUAUUUCCAGACAACAAAUUCUUCUCGGACAGGGCGUAUGUUGCCUACGACAACGUAGGUGACGGGAAGAAGGGUAUCGAUUGUAACGGCCAUGGUACCCACUGUGCCGGCACAAUCGGAGGCGAGGUAUUCGGUAUCGCCAGGGAGGCGUCUUUGUACGGAGUCCGUGUGCUGGACUGCUUCGGUAGCGGGUUCACAUCUAACAUUCUUGACGGGAUGGAUUUUGUUGCCAAAAAUGCCCAGCACCCUGCAGUGGCAUCGAUGUCUCUGCGGUCACCACAGUCAGAAGCCAUGGAAGAGGCAGUCAGGCGGCUUGUAGAGGCCGACGUAACAGUCUCCGUGUCUGCUGGUAACAGCGACGGGGACGCGUGUAACCAAUCCCCGGCGAGCGCAAAAGAGGCGAUAACCGUAGGUGCCACCGAUAUCGAAGACCAGAGGGCGUCCUUCUCAAAUUACGGCAAAUGUGUCGACCUGUUUGCACCCGGCGUGGACAUUCCCAGUUUGUGGAUGGGAGGAGACUUUGCCGUCAACACAAUCAGUGGGACAUCCAUGUCCUGUCCUCACGUAAGCGGAGCUGCUGUGAUCACCCGCGGCAAUGAUCCAACCUCAACAGCGCCUGAGGUGAAGGCUAAGAUACUGAAGGACGCCACUCCGAAUGUGGUGAAGAAUCCCGGGCCUGAGUCGCCCAAUCUCUUAUUGUACGUCCCGUAG